AUGAAGGAAUAUAUACUCCUGCUCCUUGUGGCCUUAAGUUCUGCUAAGCCUUUCCAAAAGCCUUCAUACUUCACCUUUAAGAAUGUAAUGCUCAUGGAUAUGGAAGAUCUGGAUGAUGACGACGACAAUGAUGAUGUUGAUGAUGAUGAUAAAGAUGACAAUUCCCUUUUUCCUACCAGAGCACCCUUGAUACCAGUUGACAUAUUUCCAGUAUGUCCCUUUGGAUGUCAAUGCUAUUUAAGAGUUGUCCACUGUUCUGAUUUAGGCUUGACUUCUGUACCAAGGAAUAUUCCAUUAGAUACUCGUAUGAUAGAUCUUCAAAACAACAAAAUAAAAGAGAUCAAGGAAAACGAUUUUAAAGGACUUUCAUCACUAUAUGCCCUUGCCUUGAACAACAACAAAAUAACAAAGAUCCAUCCUGAAGCAUUUCAGUCAACAAAGAAGCUGCGGCGCCUCUACUUGUCCCAUAAUCAUUUAACUCAGAUCCCAGAAAAUCUGCCAAGAAGUUUAGCUGAGAUAAGAAUUCAUGACAACAAAGUUAAAAAGAUUCAUAAAGACAUAUUUAAGGGAAUGAAAUCUUUACAUGUUUUAGAAAUGAGUGCAAAUCCUCUUGACAACGAUGGAAUAGAACCUGGGGCUUUUGAAGGUUUGACACUCUACCAUAUAAGGAUAGCAGAAGCAAAAUUAACAUCUGUACCAAAUGCAUUGCCAUCCAGUCUCCUGGAACUUCAUCUAGAUGACAACAAGAUCUCUGCAAUUGAACUUGAAGAUUUCAUUCGAUAUAAAAAUCUUCAGAGGUUGGGGUUGGGAAACAACAAAAUCAAAGAUGUGGAAAAUGGAAGUUUUGCUAAUAUACCAAAUGUUAGAGAAAUCCAUCUAGAAAAGAAUAAACUGAAAAAAGUACCAGCUGGUCUUUCAGAACUAAAAUAUCUACAGGUUGUCUUUCUUCACUCAAAUAGUAUUUCAAGCGUGGGAGUGAAUGAUUUUUGUCCAAGAGAAGGAAGGCUGAAGAAAACACUAUAUAAUGGCAUAAGCUUAUUCAAGAAUCCUGUCAAAUACUGGGAUAUCCAACCAGCAACUUUUCGUUGUGUACUAAAUAGAAACAGUGUGCAGAUUGCAAAUUAUGGAAAAUAA